GGCGCGCGGGCCACCAUGGCCACGGACGAGCUGGCCAGCAAGCUGAACCGGCGGCUGCAGAUGGAGGGCGAGGGCGGCGGUGGCGGCGAGGGCCCCGAGCAGCCCGGGCUGAACGGGGCGACGGCGGCGGCGGCUUUGGGGGCGCCCGAGGAGGCGGCCGAGGCGCUGGGCAGCGCGGACGACGAGCUGAGCGCCAAGCUGCUGCGGCGCGCCGACCUCAACCAGGGCAUCGGCGAACCCCAAUCGCCCAGCCGGCGCGUCUUCAACCCCUAUACCGAGUUCAAGGAGUUCUCCAGGAAGCAGAUCAAGGACAUGGAGAAGAUGUUCAAGGAGUAUGAUGCUGGCCGGGAUGGCUUCAUUGACCUAAUGGAACUCAAGCUCAUGAUGGAGAAACUUGGGGCCCCCCAGACCCACCUGGGCUUGAAAAACAUGAUCAAGGAGGUGGAUGAGGACCUUGACAGCAAGCUCAGCUUCCGGGAGUUCCUCCUGAUCUUCCGCAAGGCUGCUGCUGGGGAGCUGCAGGAGGACAGCGGGCUGCAUGUGCUGGCCCGCCUCUCUGAGAUUGACGUCUCCACCGAGGGGGUCAAGGGUGCCAAGAGCUUCUUUGAAGCCAAGGUCCAGGCCAUCAACGUGUCCAGCCGCUUUGAGGAGGAGAUCAAGGCUGAGCAGGAGGAAAGGAAGAAGCAGGCAGAGGAAAUGAAGCAGCGGAAAGCAGCUUUCAAGGAGCUGCAGUCGACCUUCAAGUAGGGCCCAGCCUGACUGUCUGGCCACCCACCCCAGCAACGAGAGUCCAAGUCCACAGCCCUGUGUGAGGGACCAUCCUGAAAAUCCUACAAACGUCUGUGAACGGAGGGCAUGGCAGGUCUCAGAGGGACCUCCUCACUUGUACCCUCCUCUGUCCCUGAGGCCACAACAGCAGCCUAGCUCCCUGACCCCCUGGCUGGUCCCCCAGCUGCCCCAUUGCCUGCUCCGCACGGCUCAGUUCUCGCUGUCCCAGCCCAGUGUCUUUCUCCAGGGUACUUCCUGCCCACUAAGGCUGUGUCCCCCCUCCCCUUAAUCCACCCCCAAGUCACCCCCAGAGGAGGUACCCACUAUCCCACUGCACUGACCCUGCCCCCCUGAGAGAGCUGGGCUUGGGAACUGAGCUGCUAAUUAGAGGCCCCAGGCCCCCUGCACCCCCAGACCUGUUUUAAGCCCUUUCCCCACCCUCUCCUCCCUGGAGUUAGGGAAGAUGCCCAAAUGGCAGGGUAAGGGGGCAGCUGUGCCAGUCUACCUCAAGGGCCCACACUCAGCUCACCAUGCCCCAGGAGCAUGGGCAGUGGGGGCUCUGGGGGCAGAAACCCCAGCAUCCCUGGGGCUCCCCCAAGAAGAGGGUACCAGAGAGGUACUGGCCCCUUUCAGGGCGCCAAAGCCAGCCCCCUCCAGGCUCCUUCCUCUGGAGUCAAUCUAGAAGUGCUUUAAAGUGGUUUGCAUGAUGGAUGGGUUGGGGAGGGACUGUAGGGGGUCUCUCAGCCCCUUUACAUCCUCCUUGCCCCCCAUGAGCCUUGUCACCAGCGGCGGGAUCUGUCCCCGUCUCUUCCCUGUGCCGCCUGCCAGCCCCCAUGCGGCUCCCAGUGUGCCCACGUGCGUGUGUGUGUCCGUUGCUGUGUCGUGAAACUGUGACGUCUCGUUCAAACAAGUGAAGGUGCCGUCAAGGCCCCCCCUCCCCAUGAAACUUCUGGUGUUCACUGCUUGUGAGACUCGAUAAUACUUUAUUUUAGUAAGAGGCCCCGAGUGCGUGAAACUUCUGUGGGCCUGCAGAGGUUUUAUUUUUUUGGCCUUAGAAUUUGCAGAGUUUAGGAGGCACUGACCGCCCCCCACCACCCUCCCCAAGCUCUUACUCCAGCCCUACAGCAGCCUCAGCCCUGGACUGAUUAUGUUUGCCUUAGCAGAUAUGUUUAUACAGAUAAAUAUAAAUCUUUUUUCUUUCUGCUUACUGCUUUUUUUUUUUCCUCUUCCCUUACCAUUCCAACCUCCACCCCAUUGCUACUUCUUCAUUCAGUGGUACGAUUAUUUUUUUUAACUAAAGUUAAGAUAAAGUCGUAUAUUCUUA